AUGCUAACAUGUCGGCAACAGAAAACUACAUUUGUUGCGUCUAUCUCCCACGAACUCCGCUCUCCGCUGCAUGGGAUCCUUGGCACCUUGGAAUUCAUCAAAGACACGCACCUUGACUCCUUCCAAGUCAGCAUGCUCAAUUCGUUGCAUUCAUGCGGGCAGACUCUUCUCGACACCAUCAAUCAGGUAAUGGACUAUGCAAAGAGCAACGAAGCCCCUAAAACCGUUUCUUCUAGAAAGCUGAAGAGUUCCAAUACCAUACGGCUUUCUUCAAAGCCACUGAAGACACGCAAGAUCAAGCAGUCCUCCUUCGACCUUGCUUUGGCCACUGAAGAAGUUGUCGAAGCUGUAUUUUCGGGCGCCUUGUAUAUCCCGGUAAUCGGCCAGAGUGAGGGUGUCUUACAGUCUUCGGCCGGGUCGGAAGACGAUCCAGUGCUGAAUGCAGAGCUACCUACAUCAUCCAAUCGCAAGCAAUGUUAUAUCGUCCUCGACUUGGCUCAAGAAGACGAUUGGAACCGCUGCUUUACUGUGGGAGCAUGGAAGCGAAUUGUCAUGAAUCUCUUUGGUAACGCCGUCAAAUAUACUGAGAGUGGUCAUAUCCAGGUGUCAUUACGAAGCAGUAGAUCGGAAGAGGGAGAUAAAAGUACCGUCACCCUGACGAUCAAGGACUCCGGCGCUGGCAUGUCUCCAUCGUUUUUGGCAAACAAAGCGUUCCAGCCAUUCUCACAGGAAAAUUCACAUGCUUCUGGAGUGGGUUUGGGACUUAGUAUCGUCCGCCAAAUUAUCGAGACAAGUGGUGGAAAGAUGGAGGUUACUAGUGAACCUUCUGUUGGUACCACUUUCAAUGUGAAACUCUCUCUCACGAAGCCGGAUGUUCCGCAGCCGCCGGCCUCUAGACUAACGGAAUACCUUCCUGCGGUAGCUCGACUGGCUGGACGCCGUGUUUGCAUCAUGCACAAGAAACACAAGUUUCCGAAUGAAUCAUCAGAGACUUUCGAGAACAGUGGCGGACUUUCGCGAUUCACGGAUACCCUAGCGAAGACUCUCGAAUUGCACCUCAAGAUGAAAGUCGUGCAAACAGAAGAUUGGUCUGGUCAUGAUACAGAUCUCGUUAUCUGUCCGGAACCGUCUUUCGAAUACCUUGACACUAUCCGGCGGCGAAGGACCGAUCGUGAACGAGCGCCAACUACUGUCUUUAUUGCCAUGGAUGCACUUGAAGCAGCUACCUUCCGGUCCGAUGUGCGGGUAAAGAACAAAGAAAGCGUGGUGGAGAUCAUGACUCAACCGUACGUUGACAACAUUGCCUUAUAUCAUUUUGCACACCCCAUGAACUAA